GAAGUUUGUUACGAAGAAACGAGAAUCUUUGGGAAAAUUCUUUAAAUGGGCGUUACUAGGCCUCGGUGAAGACAGAGCCGUUUGUCUCAGCAUGUAUAUAGAUCUAAUCAGGAUCCUGAAAGUGGAAGAAGGCGAGGGUCCCGUGGGGAGGAAAUCUGUGUUGCUUGUAAACGAAAUGGCUGAUAUGGUGGGUUACUCGUUCAAUGACGAAGACCAUCCGGUAUUGACAUUGGAGAAGACCCUGAAGGAGAGAAACUUUGACGAGGACGCCGUAGCGAAUGCCAGUUUCCUCCAAACUCACUUGCAGAAGUUGAAAGCGCCAGAAGACCCUUCAACUCCUCCGUUAGAUGUCGCUGAGUCGCUACCUCCACCGGAAACUUUAGUGGCGCAAUUCUCCGCGAGGAUUAUUUACACCAUCGGCGAACCGAAUGAUGAACGGCUCACGUCCAGCUACUGGCUGAACGUACCCUCCGUCGGUGGGGAUGAUGACGUCAACGAUAAUGAAUUGGUGUCGUGUGAUAUAAUGGAGAUAGCGCGUGGGCAGCUAAUAAGCGCAGGGGGCGCGGAGGGCAUAGUGGCGGCCGUCAGACGACUCGCCGGAUGUGUUGAUGCCAGACCAGACCCUCCACAGGACGACAAGAGACCGCCAGUGGCGCUGAGUUUAGUCCGCGAGGUGGACGCGUUCAGGUCGCGGCCCCCCAACACCUCGCGCCCCCCCUCCCUCCACGUGGACGACUUUACCGCUCUACACACCAUAUACACGCCCAUGCCAAUGCCUAUGAACAGGGGACGUCGCGCGGGGGCGGACCGCGGCAGAUUCGCAUCGGCAGCUCCCGUACACACCCACUACAGGCAUAUCCGUGGGCGAGGCGCGUGGGAGAUGGGUGUGCAGCAUUUCGGACACUUCGCUCCCAGCUCACAGUAUAUGAUGGGUGGCGCGGGAUGGGGGGGAGGGCGGUUACAGCGCGGACCCAGACACCGCUCUUUCAUGCGAUGAUGCCGUCGCAACAUGAACCCUAUAUUUAUAGGAAUAAGAGCUAUCUAAGUUAUUAAAUAUCCUGAAAUUUU